GUCUGGGGAUGUGGGCAGGAGGCAGUGGGAGGAGUUUGAGCAGCUGUGGUAUUUGGAACAAGUAUAAAUAGCCGCCUGGCAGGGAGCUUGGCCAAACAGGGGUUUGCCGCUGCAGCAGCGGUGCUGGCCUGUACACUGUUGGCCACGGUGGGUACGUCCUGGGCACAGAGCAGGGCGCUGGGCAGACAAAGUUCCGGGGGGCUUUGACCGGACACCCCUCGACAUCGCCACAUCUCCUGGAUGCUCUCCCGGCCAGCCAUGCUGCUGGGCAGCCUCCUUCUCACUGUAGCCACCAUGACUGUGGCCCAGCAGAGGGGACAGGAGGCAGGUGGACGCCGCCGGGCACACCGAGUCCAGCACGGCCAAUGCAGCUACACCUUCGUGUUGCCCGAGCCGGAGCCCUGCCCACCAAAGCCUGAGGCCUUCAGGGGCUCCAACAGCCUCCAAAGGGACUCACCAGCCACUGCACUGAACCUAGGAGACUGGCCGACCCAGCGUGUGCGACAGCUGGAGAAGGUGCUAGAGAACAACACGCAGUGGCUGCAGAAGCUAGAAAGGUACAUCCAGAUGAACUUGAGGUCGGAACUGGCACAGGCACAGCAGCACAUGGUCCAGAACCAGACGGCCACCAUGCUGGAGCUGGGCACCAGCCUCUUAAACCAGACCACUGCCCAGACCCGCAAGCUGACCAACGUGGAGGCUCAGGUCCUGAACCAAACAUCGCGAAUGGAGAUCCAGCUGCUGGAGACUUCACUCUCUACCAACAAGCUGGAGAAGCAGCUGCUGCUGCAGGGUCAUGAGCUCCACCGGCUGCAAGGCUGCAACAGCGCGCUGGAGACACGGGUGCAAGCCCUGGAGACGCAGCAGCAGGCGGAGCUGGCCAGCCUCCGCGGCGAGAAGGAGCGGCUGCGGCGCCUGCUGGGCCGCCAGAGCGGCGCCCUUGCCGGCCUGGAGAGCAGCCUGCGCGCCGCCAGAAGCAACUCCAGCCUCUUACAGCGCCAGCAGCGCCAGCUGCUGGAGUCUGUGCAGCGCCUGGUGCGUGUCGUGGCCCAGGGCCUAGGCUCCGUGAGGGCAGCUGAGCAGGUGUUCCAGGACUGUGCAGAGAUCCAGCGCUUUGGAGCCAAUGCCAGUGGUGUCUACACCAUCCAUGUGGCCAAUAUGACAGAGCCCAGGAAGGUUUUCUGUGACUUGGAGGCCAAUGGAGGUGGGUGGACCCUCAUCCAGCGUCGUGAGAAUGGCAGUGUGAAUUUCCAGCGGAACUGGAAGGAUUAUAAACAGGGCUUUGGCAACCCAGCCGGAGAGCACUGGCUAGGCAAUGAGGUGGUGCACCAGCUCACUAGCAGGGCAGCCUACUCUCUGCGUGUGGAGCUGCAAGACUGGGAAGGCAACGAGGCCUACGCCCAGUAUGAGCAUUUCCAGCUGGGCAGCGAAAGACAGCUGUACAGACUUUCUCUGAGCGGGUACAGCGGCUCAGCGGGGCGCCAGAGCAGCCUGGUCCUGCAGGGCACCAACUUCAGCACCCGCGAUGCAGAUAAUGACAACUGCCUGUGCAAGUGCGCCCAGAUGCUGUCUGCAGGGUGGUGGUUUGACGCCUGCGGCCUCUCAAACCUCAACGGCAUCUACUACCCGGCUCGCCAACACGUGCGCAAGCUGAACGGCAUCCGCUGGCACUAUUUCCAGGGCCCCGGCUACUCGCUGCGCGCCACUCGCAUGAUGGUGCGUCCCGUGGGCAUCUAACAGCAGCCGCACCUGGAGGCUGGACUGACAGAGGAGACAGGACUUGUUGUCCCUGGACAAAUUGGACCCAAAGAGAGGACACAGUGCCAGGGCCUGGGCCUCGACACCUGGGUCUCCUGAGCCAGCCCUCCUUGCCCCAGAAGUCCCAAAGAGGCACCUGCCUCCCUGUUCCCCUCAAAUUGCGAAAUGGUGGGCUUUGGGGGGGGUCCUGCCUCUGUAGUAUCCCUCUUUUCUCUUCCCUCCAGUCUCCUACAGGGGCCCCUUGCCAGCUUGAGGGUCACAGUACCCUGAAUGAGCUGAGAACAGAUUGAACUUGGCUUCUCAAAGGGCUACCUGGCUAAUAGUGGAGUUUCAGGCAGGUGGGAAGGUAUUUGCCGGCAGGAAACUGCUCGGAGGGAGACCCAGAAUCUGUCCCCGGGGUUGGUGGGGAGACUAUCUCCUGUUCCAAGCUUUCUCAACCUUGAGAUGUCCUCGAACUGUCUGUUCAAGGCUGAAGGGGCUACAUCCACCCCAUAAUAGGAAUCACUAUUUUCACCCCACACUGUCCACCGUUCCUAGGCUCUAGCAUAUGGAGCUUAGACCUAGUCUCUCAGGGGCUUCAGGAAAUCUAAGUGAGAUUCCUUUUUCCCCAGUAGGCCCCAGAAUGUGUUUCACAGAGAGUAACUCGGACUCCCCAUUCAAAGUACCUACGGUCAAGUGAGAGGAAAACACCAGGUUAAAUCAGUGUGAACAGGCAUUCUUAGCUGCAGGACUUGUCAGAGCCUUUGAUGUGGUCAUGUGCUUUGUGACUGCCCGUGAAGGGGCUAGUGUGGGCAGCUUUCUCAAAAUUUACUUAUUUGAAAAUGGGCCCUGUUUAUCCUAGAGAAUUUUUCAGGGCUGUGGAUGCCCUUGGAAAAAGCUGACUCUUGAGUGUCACAAGGAGGGGCCCCAGGGCCUUGCCCCCUCCUCCUCCCCCAGCUGCACUCACGCUUUCUGGCUACAAAAGCCCCAGUAAAACUCUCAAACAGCUUCUAAAAGCAACUGGAAGGAAACUUUGGGUUAAAACAAACACACACGGUCCUUAGAAGUAAGAUUCCUAUCUGUGCUAUGGGCCGGUGUCCUCCAAGGCUCCUUCUGGCCCCGGGAAGCCAGCUGCCUGAGGCUGCCCUCAGCUCUCCUUGUAAGUCCAGCUCCUCCUGAAUCAAGUACAGGGACCAAUGGAGACUGUCCAUGACAUCAAUCCCUGGGUCCAGAUCCUUCUAGGUCUAAGCCGGAACCCUUAGCCCCUCCACCUGCCCCAACCAACAUGAUGCUAUAGCUGGCAGUCUGGGAGAAGGGCUUUUGCCUGCGUCAGGAAACCGAGACCAGAGGCUCCUCAUGAGACCAGAGGCUUCUUUCAGAGGAGAGGGUCAGAGACGGGCCACCACCACUCUGCCACCUAUCCCCCAUCACUGUGCACCCUCCUUAGUCCCAGUGAAACCACCAGUCCUGUCCUCGUCAGCAACACCCAGGUCCAGCCAGGACCAACCUGCCCAGGAUGUGCCUCUGUCUUCAGAACGUUUUCGUCUGGAUAAGGCUGGUGCGGUGCAAACAGGGCUCCUUCACCCCACCUCUCUCCACCCAGCCCCAGAGCCCUACUCUAUGUUGACCCUCUGAGUAAACCCAAGAGGGGUUAAGCAGAUCUCCGGGAAACCAAAGGCUGUGGCUGCUCACGGUGGCAUUGCAGGCAGGAGGGGAAAGUAUUUUGGGGCAGAUUGCUGCCCCAAAGGCUCACGUGGCCUUACUCUGCAUUGGCUCACAGGCUUUAUUUAGUGCCUACUGUGCGCAGUGUGGUACCGUGGGCAGGGCUUAGAGUCAGAAGGACCUGCUGUAGUUCUGAGACUUGAGGCCAGUGGCUCAGCCUCUUGAGGCCUCAUUUGUCUUGUCUGUGAAAUGGAGAUGAUGACACUCCCUCCUCACUGGGCUGUAGCAAGGAGGAAACGAAACCAUGUAUGUCAGCUUCUGACCGGCGCCUGACAUGAAGCGGUGCCUAAUAAAUGUUACUUCCCGAAGAGGUGAAUGGGGUGGGAAAUUAACCCCUAGUGCAUGCCACCACCUCUGCUGGACCCAGGUAAGGUAAGCAUUUAUUACAGUAUCCACAGCAUUUAUUUUUAUAUUGUUGGAUGCCGGAGAGAAGAUGAGGGCAAAGCUGAGCCCCAGGGACAGACUUCUGCAGGUGGAGUGAAGGCCCAAAUCCCUGUCUGUACUCCAGGUCUCUAAAAAGACCAAGAAGCUGAGACACCUGUUCUUAAAUAUUCACCUUUCCCUCUCACCUUUCGUCUUCCUCCACGCUAGUACCCUUCUUCGGCACAAGACAUAGAAACCCUAUCCUAAGGAAUGGAUUGGCUCAUAUACCAGGAAGUCUAGAGGUGGAUUCAGGUGUGGUUACCUCCAGGGGCUCACAUAAUGUCCCUCUCCGUCUCGCAGCCUUGCCAUCUGCUAUGUUCACUUCAUUCCCAAUCAUGUUUUCCCCUGAUCAGAUGGCCCCACCAGCCCCAGGCUCAUGUCCUUCCAACUCAGCAUCCCUAAGACAGAGAGCUCUCUUGUCCCUGUGAUUCCAGCAGACACGAUUCUCUCCAGCCAGGCCUGGUCCUGUGCCCCUUGCUGCACUUAUCACUGUGAUUCUGAAUGACCAGACCUGGGUUGCAUGAUCAUGCUUGGGACCGGGACG